AAAAGUUUAUUGAUAACAGAAAAAAGAUAGAGAUGAGAGUUAGAAUUGGUUAAAUGGAAUCAAUUACAUACAGUAAUGGCAAAGUUCUUGGUUCAGGCUUGUAGCAGUGAUGGAAUAAACUGCAGGUUCAAAUCAAGUCUCUGGAGUACAUCCCCAGCUCGGAUGGGUCCUCAGUCCUUUGUUCAGAGCUUCAGUUUGUAGCAAAGUCCCUCCAGAGGUAAGAAGCAGGAUUGAAGACAAAAUGGAGAUGAGGCAUCAGCCUUACUUAGUCUUUUCCAGGUGUAAGAACACCUCUUUGUUCUUACUGUGGAAAAUUACAGCAAAAUGGAGCCUGGAGUCACAUGGGCCAGUCCCUGUAUACUUUGCUGAGUCUCAAGGCAUAUUUGCCUUCUCUCAAUGGGUCCAUUGUAUAGCUGAUGGUCCUUAAUGGGCCAUCAAGCAGGCUAGGCAGAGCUAAUCCCAGUUUGUCUGGGAUGUCACCCAGAAGCAUAGCAUAAGUUUGCCAUACAGACAGUAUAGAGCCAAUAUUCAUAACUUCAACUACAAAACUGAUAUACACAUAUAGACAGCAUAAUCAUAACCAGUAAACCAUAACCUUGUCUUAGACACCCCAUUUAUACAAGAUUUGGGUGCCACUACAGGACCUUGGUUGCAACAAUGAUCUAUAUGGUCCCAGUUUAUGUCAAUAACGUCACACAAGCUAUUUCAGAGAUGAAGUUUUUAACAAAUAAGUGUGGCUUAUUUAAUGGCACGUCCUCCAAUUGGUUUGUGUGUGCGCGUGAUAUCACCUUAAAAAUAGCUUGGCAGUCAAAUUUUUUCCAUGUAAGCGCCCUUGACGGGGUUAUUGUUCAGAGGUUGAAGCACUUCACUAGGGAAUUGUUCGCUUCGGAUGCACUGAGAUCAUCACAGCAGCCUCCAGCAAACUUCCCAAAGAUCUGAUGGACUCUUUAUAGUUGCACCUAUAGCCCUGGCGCGGUGUGUGCACAGAAACUCCUACCUGUGCAUGGAUUGCUUAGCCCCCCCGCCCCCAGCGCGCUCCCAAGCCCGCCCAAGGCGCUGCUCCCCCCAGCCCCGCAUCUCCCGCGGCUGUCCGCUUUGCCGAGCGCCGGACACCGCUGCUCGUGGCCCCAGUCCCGGUCUCUAGCGCCCGCCCACUCGGGCCUGUCCGCCGCCGGGGCUGCGAACGGGCCCCGUGCAGCACAGGGCGGGCGGAGAAGCCGGCCGGCCGGCCGGGGGAGCAGGGUGCCGCUGGGGAGCGGACGGGGAUAUUUGGGAGCUGUCGGGCCGCGUGGGGCAGGCGGCAGGGAAGCGGCUGGAAAGAGACAAACCCGCCUCAGCGCAGCGCGGGUGUCCCGGCGGGAAUCGGGAUCCCCCAGCCCCAGGCCGGCUCACGCCCGGAGCCGGCUCCCAUCGCAGGGCCCGCCCGGAAGGAGCCGGGCUCCCGGCCGCUGAGUGGAGAGGGCGCGUCACGUGCGUGUCCCGGGCCAGCCUGACCCCCGCCCCCCGAGCCCGCCGGUUCCUGACCGAGGCGGAGACAGAGCCCCAGCGUCGCGUCCCGGCUCCAUCGCAGCAUGUCCCACCAAACCGGCAUCCAAGCUUGUGGAGAUGUUAAAGAUACCUUUGCCAGAGCAAGAUAUGGACAAUACAGGAUUUUAAAAAUAGUUAUUGAAAAUGAACAGCUUGUAGUGGGAUCCUCUAGGCAGCCUGAUGAAUCAUGGGAAAAGGAUUAUGAUUCCUUUGUUCUUCCUCUUCUUGAAGACCAGCAACCAUGUUAUGUAUUAUACAGAUUAGAUUCUCAGAAUGCUCAAGGAUAUGAAUGGAUCUUUAUUGCAUGGUCACCAGAUCACUCUCAUGUUCGUCAAAAAAUGUUGUAUGCAGCAACACGGGCAACUCUGAAGAAAGAAUUUGGAGGUGGUCACAUUAAAGAUGAAGUAUUUGGAACAACAAAGGAUGAUGUUUCAUUGAAUGGAUACAGAAAAUACUUGAUAUCACAGUCCUCCCCUGCCCCUCUGACUGCAGCAGAAGAGGAACUUCGGCAAAUUAAGAUUAAUGAGGUACAAGUGGAAGUUGGUGUAGAUACCAAGCAUCAGACACUGCAAGGAGUAGCAUUCCCUUUGGCUAAGGAAGCUAUUCAGGCUUUGGAAAAACUGAAAAAUAAACAGCUCAACUAUGUGCAACUGCAAAUUGAUAUAAAAAAUGAAACUAUUGUUUUGGCCAACACACUCCAUACUGAACUUAAGGAUUUGCCAAACAGGAUUCCAAAGGAUUCUGCACGCUAUCAUUUUUUCCUUUAUAAGCAUUCCCAUGAAGGAGAUUACUUGGAAUCCAUAGUAUUUAUCUACUCUAUGCCUGGGUAUACGUGCAGUAUUCGAGAACGGAUGCUAUACUCUAGUUGCAAAAGCCCACUGUUAGAAAUUGUAGAAAGACAACUGUGGAUGCAGAUAAUUAGAAAGAUUGAAAUAGAUAAUGGUGAUGAGUUAACUCCUGACUUCCUUUACGAAGAGGUUCAUCCAAAACAUCAUGCACACAAACAAAAUUUUGCUAAGCCAAAAGGUCCUGCAGGAAAAAGGGGAAUCCGAAGACUAAUUAGGGGUCCUGCAGACUCUGAAACACCUACUGAUUAAAAUCUAUUACUUGCACUGGUAAUUAUACACUACAAUAGGAGAUGAAAAAUUCUGAUUUUUAGUAAUGAACUGAAAUCAUUCCACACUGAUAUAUGCUAGAAAUAAUCCUUGUUUUUCCAUAGCACUUAUCUGGCUCUGCCAUUUUAGAGUUUAUAUUGUUCAUAUACUGUGGAAGAGUUGUUAAUCAGUUCAGAACUAGAAAAGGAUUACAAAACUAAUAGUGCUUUAUUUUUAAUUAUUUAAUAGCUAUACACUUUAUAAUAAACUCCUGAUUUCUGUACUGAAUAUUGAUUCUAUUUAAUCUGCAGUCAGUUCUUACUAUUGGGUUAACUGUCACUGUGGGGCUAGAUUUGCAAACAUUUACUCACAUGAGUAGCCCACUGAAGCUAAUGAGAGUACUCAUUUGAGUAAAGAUUUGCAGGAGUGGAUUCUGUAGCAGUGUUCCAAAUAAAGACUUUUUUUUUUUCCUUCCAUCACGAAGGAAAACAUUUUAUUGUAUGUCAUGUCUGUCUCUGAAUAGAGAAGCUGAAUGAAACUAGUAUACCUGAUGCAAAUAUUCAGGAAUAGCUAGAUUAUUUUUCACACACAGGUUUUGCUGCUUGAAAUUAACUUCUAGUUUUGUGGAACUGUCAUUUAAAGAAAUCUGACAUUGAAAGCACUAGAAUUAUUCAUACUUUUAUACCACCCUUAAACUGUUAUGUACUGUAUGAUCAAGUAAAACAUUACAAAUUUGCAUAAGUCAAUGCAUUCAGUCAAUUAUGGAGCUGCUGUAAAAUCACUAUACUAAAAUGUUUCUAAAUCAUACUGUUAAACUAUAUUAUCUGUACACUCUGAUGCAAAAUUGUUUAUGCUUAGUAAAAGGCUUCAUGAUACUGAAUCAGUUCUUGAAAGAAAACAAAUUGAUUACAAAUGGUUUUCCAAUGCAUUUGCCAUUUCUACUGCAAUAUAAUAAAUACAUUAUGAAGG